GUUGCAACGCGAAGGUCGUAGGCUAUUUACAAACUGGAAAGGUGGACAUGGUGAAUUCAGAAACAGAUCUGUUUUAAAAGCCGCUGGGUAUUUCACUGCAUGACGACUUCAAACCCAGGAGAUUUUACAAAGCAGAGAAGCUUUUAGCAUUCGCCAACUUAACCGAUCAGUUAAUUGCAAAGUAGGCUACCUGAAACCGUACUGUUCUUGAAGCGCUUCUAGCUUCCUCUGUCAGGCUGUGACCGCUUCCCUGACCUGAAGAUCCACAAAAAUUAAGGAACAGGACAGCGUCCACCCAAAAAUACCUCAUCAUCCAGACUUUCUUACAAAGUUGUGCAACAGCAGACCUGGUUUAAAGUGUCGUGAAACAGACGCUAAAUAUCAGUCGCGACUUGACCUAUGGGCUGGCAGAGACUGAAUUGACCGAAGCAUUGGAUGUUGAGUGAACUGCUUCUUCGUCUCUUUAUAGCUUCUGACUUCUGAACUGGGCUCCCUGUCCGAAGUGUGGAUAUGCAGCGAACCACCGACAACAUAACCAUUCGCCAGGGUGAUACAGCAGUUAUCAGGUGCUACGUGGAUGACAAAGUGUCAAAGGUAGCUUGGCUGAACCGCUCCAACAUCAUCUUUGCCGGGGAGGACAAGUGGUCUCUGGACCCUCGAGUGGACCUAGUCACUAAAGGCCAGCUGGAGUACAGCUUGCGCAUACAGAAGGUGGACGUGUAUGACGAGGGGCCAUACACCUGUUCCAUACAGACUAAACAGCAGCCCAAAACCUCCCAGGUCUAUCUCAUCGUCCAAGUUCCUGCAAAUAUUUACAAAGUUUCAGAAGACAUCACUGUCAACGAGGGUAGCAACGUGACAUUGAGUUGUCUAGCCAAUGGGAGGCCGGAUCCAUCCAUCACUUGGAGACUGCUCAAUCCAUCAGCGGAACCCUUGGACGGGGAGGAGUACCUGGAUAUUUCAGGGAUCAUGAGGUCCCAGGCAGGCAAAUAUGAGUGCAAAGCCAGCAACGACGUGGCAACCCCAGACGUCAAAUAUGUCAACGUCAUCGUCAACUAUCCUCCCUUCAUCAAAGAUGUGAAGAGCUCAGCAACCCAAGUGGGCCGCAUGGGUGUUCUUCAGUGUGAUGCUGCGGCAGUGCCCAAGCCAGAGUUUGAGUGGUACAGAGAUAACAAACGGCUAUCCAAUGCCCAAGGCAUCAGCAUUCAGAUCUUUGGAACCCGUACUCUCCUCCUGGUAUCCAAUGUAACGGAGGAAGACUAUGGAAACUACACAUGUGUGGCAACCAACAGACUGGGAGUUAACAGUGCUAGCCUGUUCCUAUACAAGCUCGACUUACCCACAAUCAGGUAUCCUACCAGAGGACCUGGCACGGGGAGGGACAUUAACGGCUCCGCCUCCCUGACCCAGUCACUCUGGCUUCUACUGGCCUCCAUCAUCUGCCUUUUCUUCAAGUGUUAAUAACACGGCAAACCCCCAUCCGAACCACCACUAAAUUACAGUGAGACUGUUUGUACAGUGUAACAACGACCCCCCAAGUGCUGCGGCGCUAGGAAAAAGCAGUAUUUAAAAAUUAAACACAAAAAAUGUCUAGUUAAAUACAUUCAAAAAUGGAAGAAAGGUUACAUAAGGAACAAACAGUGUCAUUUAUAAGUUUCAGUUUUUGCAAUAUUUUUACUUUGCCGAAGUCUUGCUAACUGCCGUCAGUAUUUUUGUUUUGCUUUUCUUUUUUUCUUUCUUGGUUUAGGGUUGAAUUUGGGGAAAAGUUGCAAGGCAUGCCAUCAAGAAAAGCUGAUGUAUAAACAUCCAAGUAAACUCAAAUAUGGCAGGGAUUUCAAGUCAACUACAGCGGUCAUGGAUAACGGAGAGAAUAACUGAAGUCAUUUUUGAAGUAGCUUUUUUUUAUCAUUUCGUCAUAUAGUUUUACAAGGCUUCCAAGCUUAUUUUAAAAUUCCAAGUUUAUUCUUUAAUAUUUCAAUGAAAAGGUUAUUGUAACUAGUGCAUUAUGAUACAAAACCAUGGCUGCCAAAUGUAAGUAGUAAAAUGACAUUUAAAAAAUAGUAAACACAAACAUACUAUAAACAUGCUGUAAGGUAAGAGAGGCCUGAAAAUGAGUAAACUCUCCGUGGUGUGUGUAGUUUAAAAAAAAUAGACAAGGGGAAAACUUGCUCAUUGAUGUUAACAUCUCAAUGAAAAAAAAAAAGAUGUAAAUAUUGUCAAAUAUAUCUCACACUGCUUGUCCCUCAAUUCUGAAUGGCCUCGUUACAGGAAGCAAAAUGUUUUUGAAAAAGGCUAAUAUUGUACAGUACAGCAGAACAGGAAGUGGAAGUGUUUCUGAGGCUGAUUCAGGAACUGCCUUUAAGUGCAUACAGUAGCUCGUUGCAUCAUUUAAGGAGGGAUUACUUCUUACAAAGCAAAAAUACUGUACAUAAUAAAUUUUUGUAUUUUUCUUUAAGGAAAAUGUCUGUUGAUUUACUUAUAAAACCAACAGUAAUCAUAAUUGCCUAACAUCCAUUAUGUAUCCUGUAAGAUUAAACAUAAUAGUAAGCAUAUGCUGAGCAGUUUCUCUAUGGCAAGCUGUACUUAGCUUCAGAAAUUGCCUGCCAUAUUUACUUUAACACCAUAAACUUGUUGCAUUUAAUUUUGUAUAUGAAUUACCGUGAGGUUGUAUAGCUGGAACCUGGGUAGACAUGUAUGAGGCCAAUGAAUGAAGAAGUUUUUCAUUUCUUCUUUUAUUUUAAUCUAAGCUUUUGAAAUCACUGUCUCGAAUGUUUUAAGGAUCUUUUUUUCCCCAUUCUUUCAUUUUAUAGUGUAUAUACUUGAAUCCAAUGUCCAUAUAUACAAAAAGAAAGAUUUAAUAUAUGUCCAUGUUUCUAACUAGGUUAGUAAUUUGUUGACGAUUAACUUGUAGUGGUCUAUGGUAGCAUUAUUUUGCACCAUGUGAUAAGCAUUAGAGCAUAAUGUUUUUAAAAGGGUUUACUACGUUUUGUGCGCUUAUUGUACCUCUCCGAUUACAAACAGCUUUUCCCUGGAGUUUGAGGGAUUUUCCCCAAUUAAAAUAUUAGAUUUAUGAUAGAAUGUAUGCAUUUCGGUGACUGAUGUUUAAAAAAAUGCAAUGGAGGUGCCCGUACAUAGAAGGCCAAUACAAACUGUAAACAUGUUCAUUUCUAAUGUGCAGUCAAACCAUCUGUCCAAAUCAGACAUUUAUGAUUUACAAAACAAAAAAAUAUACAGCACUUAAAAAACAGGUGUGUCAAAUGAGUGUUUCUGAAAAAGAAUUAAAAUAAAAGUGAAUGUGUAAUUAAUGCACAUGUUUUAUUGAAAUGCAUGUACAUGCUGUAUUCAAAUCCAAGCAUAAAGUGGUGCGGAACCAUGCUAUGAGAGUUUUAGUUUCCAUUGUCAGUAAUGUCAGUAACUCCUGUCUCACUUCUUUUUAGCAUCACCAGGAAAUUUCACAUUUCUUUCUGAGAAGAAAAGGAUGGGUUCUAACACACAAAACUUGAGCAUUGAGUUCAUAUAUUGAUAUUACUCAAAAUAAACGAUGUGAUGGAACAUUUUUUAAAAAGGCAUAAUCUUUCAAGCAAUGUACACAGGAAUGGUGUCGGAUAGACGUAUUCUUCUUUUCACGCUCAUGUCCUCUUCAGUUUCCUUUGGUUAGAUGUAAGGUUCUCUGUCAGCUUUUGAAAUGGUAUGUAUGAAAAGGUACCUAAGAACAAAUUCAAGAAACAAAAUAAAGGUGUUUGAUUUCAAUGUUCUGUAUUUGAAAGUGGACUGAAAUGCUUUGAUAAGUUAACCUUUUUGAAGUCAGCUUAAAUCCUAAUAUCUUAAUGGUAAAAUUGUGUUUAUCGCCCUGUAACAUGCUAAAAUAAAAUGAUAUUAUCCGUAUUGUUAAUUCUCA